UCUGUUACUGUUUCCUUUAGGAAUAUCUCACGUUGCGGGGAGGCGCUUUCCCGCCGCUACACCUCCCCCUGCCAUAUCAAUCUAGGCUAGAAGACAUUAUUUCUGCGCGCUGUUUAAUCUUGCCAAAAUGAGCAGAUUCGAUCAAGGCAGAAGCAGGAGCCUCAUUCCCUUAUCUAAUAACCGCUUUUCAUCAGGAAAAUAGAGCAGUUAACCCACACUGCAAUCCUCUGCACUCUUUAGAGUUCCAGGACAAGCUGUUAACUCUCCAACAUAGAAGACAGAAGGGAGAAGUCAAAAAUACUUGCCAUGAUGAGGUGUUGCCACAUCUGCAAGCUUCCCGGGAGGGUGAUGGGAAUCCGAUUACUCCGGUUCUCUUCCAUCAUCAUCCUUGUGUUACUACUGGUGGCAGGUGCUUUGACUACCUUGCUUCCUAACAUAAAAGACGAUAAAAUGCCCACUUCCCGCAGAGAAGCAAAACCCCAGAGCCAGUCUGCCCUGGAUUCCUUUACCCUCAUCAUGCAGACGUACAACAGAACAGAUCUGUUGCUGAGGCUGUUAAAUCAUUACCAGGCGGUGCCUCAUCUACACAAAGUGAUUGUCGUCUGGAACAACAUUGGGGAGAAGGUGCCAGAGGACUUAUGGAAUGCCCUGGGGCCUCAUCCUAUCCCGGUGAUUUUCAAAAUACAGACUGUGAACAGAAUGAGAAAUAGACUCCAGACCUUCCCAGAACUGGAAACCAAAGCUGUUUUAAUGGUGGAUGAUGACAUGCUAAUUAGCGCCCAUGACCUUGUUUUUGCAUUCUCAGUUUGGCAGCAAUUUCCUGAUCAGAUUGUAGGAUUUGUCCCUAGAAAGCACGUUCCCACUGCUUCAGGAGUUUAUAGUUAUGGUGGGUUUGAGCUGCAAAUACCAGGAUUUGGAAACGGAGACCAGUACUCCAUGGUGCUGAUCGGAGCAUCAUUCUUCAACCGCAAAUACCUCGAACACUUCCAGAAACAGCCAGCUACUGUCCACGCGCUGAUAGAUGAGACCCAAAAUUGUGAUGACAUUGCCAUGAAUUUUAUGGUCGCCAAACAGAUCGGGAAAACUUCGGGGGUAUUUGUCAAGCCUGUGGAAAUGGGUAAUUUAGAAAAAGAGACCAGCAGUGGCUAUUCUGGAAUGUGGCACCGGGCAGAUCACUUCUUGCAGAGGUCUUAUUGUAUAAAUAAGCUGGUGAAGAUCUAUGACAGUAUGCCCUUAAAAUACUCCAACAUCAUGAUUUCCCAGUUUGGUUUCCCAUACUAUGCCAACCACAAAAGCAAAAUGUAAAAUAAGUAAAUAAAUAAAUAACCAUCCUCGAACUGCUUGGGAAUUUGAGUAGCUUGUCAGUGUUAAGUUUUUAUAGCUACAUUACAGACUGUUAUCCCCUCUGAAGUCCAGCGAUGGUUGCUACUGUGACAUAGGAGGUCUAGGUUAGGAAAUCCCUCUUUGCUUCAGAAGUAGGGAUGUGGCUCGUGUUAAGGGAUUUUUAUCCAGGUGCAUAACGUCCUUGGUUUGUGACAUUACUGUUUACAUUUUGAGACUGUUUUCCUUCUUUUCUGAUUCGUGGCAUUUGCCUUAAGGACUAUAGCAGGUGGUUCCAAUGUCUGAAACCCAUUUCUCUCAGUUUUCUCAAUUUAAAGCCGCUUGUCUCCAUCUCAAGCCUCAAAUGCCAGUCGGAUUCAUGAAAAGGAAGUCCAGUCCUAUGGCUGGGAAUGAUAAAAGCAUGGAGGAAAGCAUAAUAUCAACCUCACAUUUCAUACAAAGGGAAGGAAACUGAAGGCAGCUGCUGAGUCCACUGGGGGCCAGCCCAGCCACUCUGUCUGGGCUUAUACUGCAGGCCAGGAUAUGACUGCAGUCAUCCCUGCUUUCAUUUUCACCACUGGGUCUCUCAUGACUUUGGUGUUUGUCUAGUAGCUAAAGAAUGACUGGUUGCUAACUUCAUUUUUCUGAAUAUCUAUUGCAUGGAUCACAGAAAAUGCAGCUUCUAUGCAUAUGAUUUAUAUGCAGCUGAAAGUCGAAAGGCAUAUCGAGAUUCAGGAUGUUUUGUCAUUUAAGCUGACCUUAAGAAUGUACACUCAUUCAUUGUAUACUUUGCAUCAGGUUUGCAUUGUCAUUUAAGAAAUGCGUACAAACCAGUUCUGUUUUAGAAGAAUGUUAAAACAGGGAUUUGAUGAGAUAAUAUAUGUCAAGCACUUUGUAAAAUUUGAAGUGUUCUGUAAAUGUGAGUUAUUAUUAUUAUUAUUAUCAGGGUCUGGUGGAGGUACCCUUAUAGAAUUCUAAUGAACAAGUUAAAAAAAAAAACCCUAUCUCACUGCACAUCAAUUAUCUCAUGAGUUCUCAUCUAUUGCAUCUGUUGCACAAAGUCCAUUGGAUUUGAAUUCUGAGACUGUUUGGUAUAUUCCUAGCAUUUUUAUUUCUGUUUAUAGGCAACAAAAGAGUCUUCCUUCUGAAGAAAAAUCUAAUUAACAUAGUCACAGAAGAAUUAGGACUAAAUCAUAAAUCCAGAGGAUAUAAGUACAGUGAGUUUGCAACAACUCACUUUUGUAUUAUCAAGAUUGCUCCCUUUUGGUUCAUUCUCUGUAUUAUAAUGUCUUCCACAUAGGUGUCUUGUACUUUACUCUUGUUCAUUGACAACCUUUGUCCAAGACUUUCUGUUUUGCUGGCGUGACAUAAAUGGAUUUUUUUUGAUUGCUCCGUAUGAUAAAUAAUAUUAAAAUACUCAUGGCUGAUGGCCCAGCCACACUGA